ACUCCCUCCAAAGCCCGGUGCUCAUUAUUUCGCCAUGACCUCCCGCAUCAACAUUGCGCGACCAGCAGGCACGUCUGCCUAUAGCCCGAGCUAUAGCCCCGAUCCCCAUGGGUUUGGCAACUCCCAACCCAGCAGCGGCUUUCGCGCGGCAAACGCGACGGACCCAGACAGUCCUCUUGCGAAGUUGCGCGCUGUCUCCGCGCAGAUUGAAGACUAUAUUGAAAUCUACUCGCAACCUCUAAAGCCACAUUUACCUGCUAUUGGUCGUUUUCUCAUUGUCGUUACAUUCCUGGAGGAUUCGUGGCGAAUCAUGACACAAUGGGAUGACCAGUUGUGGUAUCUGCAGAGACAUCGAAAAUUCCCUUGGGGGCUGUCGCAUAUCUUCCUGCUGAUCAACAUCAUUGUAAUGCUGAUUGCAUCGGGUGCGGUUAUUACCAAACGACACACGGAAUACGCGGUAAUGGGCCUCCUGGGCGUCGUCGUCGUUCAGGGAUUCGGUUAUGGGCUCAUUUUCGACUUAACGUUCUUCCUGCGUAACUUGUCUGUUAUCGGCGGUCUGUUCAUGGUCUUCAGUGACUCCAUGAUCAGCAGGAAGAAGCCGUUCGCAGGUCUUCCAUCUAUUAGUGAAACCGACAGGAAAAAAUAUUUCCUACUUGCAGGCCGUGUGCUGCUCAUUUUCCUCUUCCUAGGUUUUAUCAUCCAGGGCAAGUGGAGUAUUGCACGUGUUUUCGUGUCCAUAGUUGGUCUCGCCGCAUGUAUCAUGGUUGCUGUCGGCUUCAAGGCCAAGUGGUCGGCAGCCUUCCUUGUCUUCGUCCUCAGCGUCUUCAACGUGAUCGUGAAUAGCUUCUGGACGGUACACUCUGCCCACCCACAGCGCGAUUUCCUCAAAUACGAUUUCUUCCAGACUUUAUCAAUCGUCGGGGGUCUGCUUCUACUCGUUAACAUGGGUCCAGGUGGCCUUUCGGUUGAUGAGAAAAAGAAGGUGUACUAGUGUAGUUAAACAUACUGGACACGCAUGUUGGACAUAAAAGCUUUCAUCUUAUGCAAAGCUGUUGGGUAGACAGAGAGAUGUUAUAGUUCACGUGUGGUUCACAUUCUCAAUUGAAUUCUGUGUUUAU